AUGUCGGACGUUGCCAUUGCCGAAGCUCCAGUUGCUGUUGCUCCGAAAGCUGUCAGAGGAGGCCCUAGAAAGACGAAGAAUGCGAAUACUCCAAAAUCGCCAAAGUCACCAAAGUCGCCAGCCGCAAGAGCUGGAAAGACGGCAAAAGCUGCCAAGACUGCUGCUGCCAACAAGAUCCCAAAAGUGAAGAAGGUGAAAGUUGUCGCUGAUCAUCCGGCAUAUCUGGAAAUGGUCACGACCGCUAUCACUGAACUGAAUGAGAAAAAGGGUGCUUCUCACCAGGCUAUCCUCAAGACCAUCUCGAAGAACCACAAUCUCAUCAACAUGGCCAACACUGAAAAGAGUGUCCGCAGUCGCCUUGCUAUCGCUCUCAAGAAGGGGAUCGCUGCUGGAACUAUUCUCCAAGUUACUGGAAAUGGUGCCAACGGAAGAUUCAAGCUGCAGAAAGCCGGCACGAAGGCAGGCAAAUCUUCAGCUGAACCAUCAACUCCAAAGUCAACCAAGAAACCAGCUGCCGCUGUUACUCCAUCCAGCGAGAAGAAACCAAAGUCGCCAGUCGCUGCCAAGCCAGUUGCCAAGAAGAGCGCCAAAUCUCCAGCCGCUAAAAAGACCAGUAAGGCUCCAGCAGCCAAGAAGACUACUACCAAGAAAACUACCGCCUAA